UGUCAGCUUGCGCUUGGCCGUUUCCUUUUAUGUACUUACAGCAGGGAGAACUGGGGGUCUUACCUGUGCUGUGCUGCUGUUAAAACAGUGUGACUAAAUUAGUGUACAAAAAGAAAACGAUUAAUUUAGUUAUAUUUUGGAUUGUUGACUGAAGUAAACUCUUUUGAUCUGUGCCUAAAGUUAAGCUGAUACUGGCAUAAAUACUUCAGCAAGACUCCACAGAUCCUUAACUGUGUUGCUAUGCUGUAAAAGAGAGUCGGAUGGCACAGCUGAUUUAUUUUUUUCCUCGAAUACUGGCAGGGUUCCUUCUUGGGCAAAUUCUGUAAUUUACUAUAGUCUAAUGAAGUUGCACUUGUCUGAAUAUUUUUCUAUAGGAUUAUUUUUAAAUCUUAUUUUAGCCCUUAUAGUCGAUUGUAUUUAUUUUUUUUUGAAAAAGAGUCUAAACAGCAUGUACACUUAAUGCAAUUUCUCCUUCAGCAAUCAGGCAGAAAUAAGUUACUCCUUUAGGGCAGUGGGUGUAAAACAUAAAUAUUUACAUUCGUUAUGCAAAGUGUUCUAAUUUUAGCGAGUCUUGUUGCUAAUUGUGCUCAUGCCACAACUCAAAACUUCUGUGGCUUGAACGAGUCUUUAGCCGAAUCUCUGACACCUUCUGCAGCACCGAAAGCUGCAGUGUCAGAGGUGCAAAGAUUGUACCUAAACUCCCUUCUGGGAAUGAAUUUGAAAACCAAAUAGCUGCAAGCAAAGCUGAGGUCUGGCUUACUGUGAAAUGUAGAGAAGCUUGCUGGCUGUGUUCUUUAACUGUAUUUUGGAUGGAAUUUUCUUUUUCUUCAUUGCCAUCUGUAGAGAUUGAUGAAUUUUUUUAGCACUUUAAAGAGAGAGGUUACAGCCAGUCCGCAUAGUCUUGGAGCUUGGGUGCACAGGUAUGGAUACAAGACCUGCUCGGAAGUGAAGGAGCGCAGCGAAGGAUGCAACAUGACAGGCUGCCUGAAGAAUAGGGAAGAUACAGACAAUUGGGUAUGAUGCUGACCUAUUCCAGUCUGAUCUCCAAGAACAGUCAUUUUAAGGAAGAAUCAUCAUGAUUCCUCAUUCAGUAACGAACUUAAAAAUGUGCAAAAGCUCUGACUGCCACCAGAUGUGUUUCUGCCUGACUGAGAUGUUCCUGUGGUCUUUGAAGACUAACUUGCAUAUUAGAGAUGAAGAUAUUGGGAUCCACCAGUACUAUGACAAGAAAGAAUCAGUUCGAGAUUAUCCUUGGAUACUGAAAAACAAGCGACCAGACAAACUACGAGAGACACUCAAGGAGGUAGAGGACUUAAUGCAAAGCAGUCAAUGUAUGCUGAGCAAAUGGAAGAGCAAACAUAUCUGUCAGCUCCUCUUUCACUCAGGUAUAUUGGUGUCCCUAAGUCUUUCUGGGCCGCAGCUGGAGAAAGUGGUGAUUGACAGGACCCUGGUGGGGAAGCUCAUCUCCGACACCAUCAGUGAUGCUAUUCUUACAGACAAUUUCAUCAUCUUGUCAUUUGAGGACCAUAACCAACUCUGCUUUAUUCAGUUUACAAAGAAGAUGGAUUCUCUCGAUGUAAACAAAAGACUGGAAAAACUCUCUUGUUUGGACUUCAAGAUUUCUUAUAUUUCUAUACCUGGACCAGAAGGUAGAAGGAUGAAACGUCACCUGGCAAUAAACUGUAUGCAAGAUAUGGUCAUUUGCUGGUGGUCAGCAACUAGUGAUGGAGCAUGGCCUUGGUCUCCUAUUUCCUGUGAGAGGGACAGAGCCAACCUAUUGCUGUUAGGCUGUGCACAUGGCAAAUUGGAGGUUCUGAGUUACGUCCGUACAGAAUGGGAUCCACUUGAUGCAAGCUUCAGCACUAACGAGCCUUAUCAGGUUUACACAGUAGAGCACUCCAUCUCCUCAGACAAAGAGCCCAUGGCUGACAGCUGUGUCUACAAGUGUGUUAAGAACAAAAUUCAGUGUACAGCAGUCACCAGAAUACCACUACGAUCCAAGGCCAUCAGCUGUUGCAGAGACGUCACAGAAGACAAACUAGUCCUGGGUUGUGAAGAUUUGUCAAUAAUUCUGUAUGAAGCCUACAACCAAGUGACUCUGUUAGCCCGAGCAGAACUGUUGCCUACUUCAAUAACCUACCACCCUUCCGGAGCCAUAUUCGUGGUUGGUAGCUCUCAAGGGGAGCUGCAACUUUUCGACACGGCACUGUCCCCAGUUAAAAUUCAGCUCUUAGCACAAGACUAUUCACCUGAGGCAACUCUGCAAUUCAGUAAACACUUCGACGUGCCUAGCAGCCUCAUCCAGAUCCAGUGGGCUGCUCCUCAAGUUGCAUCUGACAACACUGACAGCACAGAUGUUCACGAUCUUUUGAUGGUUAGGUUUGACAAAGGACCCUUAGGAGUACUUCACUUUAAACUUGGUGUGAUCACAAGAGGACAGCUGGGUCUUGUGGAAAUCAUCCACCAGUACAUUCGUUACGAUGAGAUACAAGAGGCAAUUAAUGUCCUGAACACCAUGAACUGGAACACAAUGGGUCGUCAGUGUUACGUAUGCUUGAGUGCCAUUGUUAAUCACCUUCUUAAACAAAAACUUACACCAGAUAGAGAAGCACAGCUUGAGGCAAGCCUUGGAACCUUUUAUGCUCCAACAAGACCCCUCUUGGAUGCAACUGUGCUGGAGUACAGGGACCAAAUCAGCAGAUAUGCAAGAAGGUUCUUCCACCACCUGCUAAGGUAUCAGAGAUUUGAAAAAGCAUUUCUGCUAGCUGUUGACAUAGGUGCUCGGGACCUGUUCAUGGACAUCCAUUACCUUGCACUAGAUAAGGGUGAAUUGGCACUAGCUGAAGUGGCAAAGAAAAAGGCUAAUGACAUUGAUGCAGAAUCAAUAACUACUAGAAUAGAACUUCUGGGGCAGCCAGACAAAGACGACACAUCUCGUGAAGGUUUCAUUGACCGAUCUGAGCACGGCGGAGAGCGUGACCUGCCUGCUCCAGGUCCAGCUGGCAGACCACCGGCGCAGAGCUGCUCCCGCAGACCCACUGGCUGCAGACAGGCAGAGGACACUGAGCGUAAGCCUGGAGUGAAUGACCACACUACCUCCCCAGUGGAGAAACCCUUUUCUGGCAGCCACGAAGGAGACUGGAAACAGUGGGUCUCUCAAACUCGUGCACUUUGGGCUGGUGUGACCAAGAAUGGGAACCCCCUUCACUGCCAAAGUAAAGAAGGAGAAACUUAACCGAGAUGGUGAAGUUCACAGAAAGUUCUUCAGAGACCUUCCAGCCAUCUCUGAAUCCAACCAUGCAGAAGACAAAACGCCAGGCUUAUAAAAAGUGCCACCCUUAAACAUCCAAAUUAUUUCUUGGUUAGCAUGAAUGUGUUCGUGCACGAACUGUUCCAUGUUUGCUUAUGGAGGGUGACUUGGUGACAUUUUCAUUUUUUUAUUCAAAGACAUUUAAAAAGCAAGUAAUUGCAGAUCCCCAUUUAUCUUAAAAAUGCAAUGCUGAAAAAUUUGAGAGUGGGGGAUUAUUAGACAAAUGCAUAAACUUCUCAGGGGAAAGUCUGUACUUCUUUGUGCAUUAUAUAUUUUAACAAUCUUCACUUGGAAGCAGAUUUGAAUUUCCACUUAAGGCUCUGAAAACCGUCCUAUUGAGAUACCAGCAGAUAAAAUCUUCACUCAGGAUACCCCUGUGAAAGAGCAGUCUUUCACAGUCGGCAGCAUUUUUCGGAGAAUGCUCUCAAUUUUCAUAUCUAGAUAUAUCAUCUUAGUUGAAUAGCCAUUAUUUUGCCUUGAAAAAAAGAUGCGGAGCCUCUUGAACAUCAUUCUGUUGGAGUCCAGAUUUUAAUCUGCCGCCUCUAACCAUGAAGAGAAAAUGCACUGAGGAGGUAACGUCACCUGUUUGAGACCUCUAGGUUUUUUGUGACAGUGAAGAGGGGCAAGCAUCGUCACAGGUCUGUCUUCCCACCACUUAAUUGGGUGCAGCAUGUACGGAUGCAGAUUUUUGUACUCUUCUGUAGGCAUGUGUGGGGGUUAAGCUUGGUGUUUUUUGGGAGCAUUGGGUAGUUACAACCCAAAGCCCAUGAACUUCUUGAAAUUGGUUUUGUAUGACCAACAAAUUUGUACGAUGAAUGGACUGAAAAUAAAAGCACAGUGUACAAUAAAAAACAAA